ACUACGGAGCGCAUGAGCCGGUCUGAGGCCGAGGCAAGGGAGGGUUGAAUGGCACGUGGUCCAUAUUAGCCGUAUUUGUAAAGCACAUUUUAAAUAUGUCGGCACUUCUCAGAUCAGCAAAGUUCUUGCGCUUGUUCAGUGGAUUUGCUCGAAAUUUCACUGCUGGGUCUGUCAGAAAUGACGCGGAUAAUUUUCUGGGCAACCACAAGACCCAAUGGCAAGGGAUUGAUACAAGGACACUGUCAACACAGCCCUCGGCGGCGGCGCUGCAGCUGGAUGGCAGCAGCGGCCUGCAGACGCUGGAGAAGGCGCUGCAGAAGCUGGACCUGGACAUCCGGCGCACAGGCCGCAUCACGCACAGGGACGUCGAGGAGAAUCUACGAGGAGGUCAAGGUCACAGGUGCGCCAUCAGCAGCUCACAGAGCCUGCUGCUGAUCCGAUGCUGCGGUAACCUGGUGGCCGAGGAGCUGCCCGAGCAGCGGACUCAUCUGGCGCAGAACAUAUGGCAGACGCUGCAGUCCAUAGGCGUCCCCAUGGACAUAUCGCACUACAACGCCCUGCUGCGGGUGUACCUGGAGAACGAGCACCCGUUCUCGCCCACCGACUUCCUCUCCUACCUGAAGGCACAGGGCAUCGAGCCGAACCGGGUCACCUACCAGCGCCUCAUCUCCAGGUUUUGCCUGCUGGGUGACAUCGAGGGAGCCACCCGAAUUCUGGAGCACAUGAAGGAAAACGGCCUGGGCAUCAACGAGCACGUCUUCAACUCGCUGGUGGUGGGCCACGCGCGGGCAAAUGACCUGGAGUCGGCUCAGUCGAUGGUGGCCAUGAUGAAGCGGGCGCACCUGGAGCCGUCGGCCGAGACGUUUCCGCCACUGGCGUGUGCGCACGCGCAGCGCGGCGACGUGGCCGGCGUGCGGCAGACGCUGGAGCAGGCCGAGCGCGAGGAGGUGCAGCUGUACGACCGCGACCUGCUCGAGGUCGCCUACGUCCUCACCGUGUCCGGACACAAGCAGCAUCUGGACGAGGUGCUCUCCGGUCUGAAGAAGUCGCCCGGCUUCAACCAGGAGGCGGUGACGGUGAUCCUGCGCCUGGUGAACGCCGGCCACGAGGACGUGGCGUUCAGCAUCCUGCGUGGCAUGGUGCCGCCGGAGCCGGCCUCUGGCGAGCCGCCCGGCGUCGGCAGCUUCUUCAUCCGGCAGAUGGUGCGCGCGCGCCGGCCGCCGGAGGUGAUCCUGCACUACUGCACGCAACUGCGCGAGUCGGAGAUGAACCAGAAGGCGGUGCUGGUGGCUCUGCACAAGGCGCUGGAGCUGGGAGAACUGGUCACCGCCCAGCACCUGCUGCGCGCCCUGCCCGAGCACGGUUUCGCCCUCCGGCCGCACUACUUCUGGCCGCUGAUCAUCGCCGCCAGACGCAGCGGCUCGCUGCCAGAUCUGAUGGGCGUGAUGCGUCUGAUGCACGACCUGGGCUGCGCGGUGACGAUAGAGACGCUGUCGGAGCAGGUGCUGCCCGGCCUGGACGCCACCUUCUCCUGGGACAAGGUGCUGUACGAGCUGAACACGGCCGGCGUGCGGUACGCGCUGGCGGCUCCGGCGCUCGUGCGGCACCUGCUGCAGUCCGAUCAGCUGCAGCUGGCCACGGCCGUGGCUGACAGGUACGCGGUGCUGUACAGCCCGUCGGUGCUGCGUCGCCCGCUGGCGGCCGUGUACGCGCGCGGCCGCGACCCGGCCGUGGUGCAGUUGCUGCACCACAUGCGCCAGGCCUCGGCCGACCUGAACGUGGCACCGACGGAUGUGACGGACGCCUUCCUGACCGAGCUGAUGCCGCUGCUGCGGGCGGAGCGCGCGUCCGCUACCGAGGCCCUGCUCGAGGCGAUGCUGGGCCGCGGUCUGGGCGUGAGUGCCGCGUGCGCCGAGACGGUGCAGGCGGCGCUGGCCGACGGCUGCACCGACCGCUGCUGCCAGCUGCUGGACCAGCUGAGCCAGCCGGAGCUGCAGCCGACUGGGCCGCCGACGAGCUUCGCCGACCCCACCAGACCGAGGAGGACGAACGGCGGCGGCCUGUCGGCGUCGCUGGAGAAGGCGGUGGAGCAGGCGCGCGCCGCCGGCGAGCCGGUGCCGCCGGUGCUGUCCCGGCUGCUGUGGGCGUUGAUCCGAGAGAAGCGGCUGGACCGCGCCCUGCAAGUCAAGCAGGAGCUGGUCGCGAUGGGGGAGGAGCUGACGCUUGCGCACCUGGGCGGCCUCUGCGACGCGCUGACGGACGCCGAGCGGCUGGAGGAGGCCGAGCAGGCCUACCGCGACAUCCUGGAGGCGCGGCCGGACGCGCUCAGUGACAGCCGCGUGCUGCGACUGGCGCGGCUCAUGGUGCUGCGAGGUCGACUAGACGACGCGGUGGCGUUCCUGCAGUCGCAGCCGCGCGCCUCGCCCCAGCAGGCCGGCAGCGAGGCGGCGCGCGGCCUGUUCAUGGCCAGCUGGCGGCUGCUGGAGGUGCCGGCCAGCCGUGGCGAGCCGGACACGGUGCGCCGGCUGAUGACCGUGCUGCUGGAGGACGGCUACGUCGCCGAGCUCAAGCGGCCCCUGCUCGCCAUGCCGGUCAAGGCCUACCUCGCCAAGGGCGACACGGUCGAGGCGGUGAACGAGCUGGAGCGCGUCUUCAAGGAGCACCGCUUGGUGCCCUGGCGGAGCCAGGUGAUGGCCCAGCUGAUCAAGGAGGAGAACACGGCACAGUCAGACCAGCCGAUCGUGUCGACUGGGUAUGCCGACCUUUCUGGCCGUGUGCUGACCUCUUGCGGCACCCCCUGGCGCAGACUGCAGCGUCUCAUGGACCUCACCAUGGAGGCCUACGGUGAGAUGGACGCGCUCUAUGACCUGGCCUUCAGCUUCAUCGAGUGCGGCAAGACUCGCCAGGCUAAGAAGGUGCUGGAGACGCCGGGUCUCAGGGUGCGCCACCAACGGCUGAACCAGACGUGCGAGCGGUACGCGGAGAUGGGCCGGGUGGCCGAGCUGGAGAACCUGGUGUCCGUCACGCGGGACGUGUUCGGCCUGGACCGGCUGCGGCUGUACGGCCACUUGUUGCGCGCGCUGUGCGCCGCCGAGCAGCCGGAGCGCGCGCUGCCGGCGCAGGCGCAGGGUCGGCCGCCGCCGGUCCGCCCCGCCUCCCAGCAGCCGGCCGCUGCCCGUCCUGCUCCCUCCGCCGCCGCGGCAGCCGCCGCCGAAGCUGCUGUCGAGCCGCCAGCAAACUCCAUCAAGAGCAAACUGAAACGGGCCAUUAAGUCACAGUCGAUCGACGAGGCGCUGGAGCAUCGGAAACAGAUGGAGUCGGAGGGCGUCGAGCCGGCCAUCCACGACCUCUCGCUGCUGGUGGAGCUGCUGGUGCGCGCCGACCGCAUGACCGAGGCCGUACAGAUCACCACCGACAUGCUGGCGCGGGCCACCUUCCCGCAGCCUCGCGUGUUCAAGUUCCUGAUGUCGCGCCUGUCGGCCGACGGCGACGUGGAGGGUAUCACGGCUAUCGGCUCCCAGCUCAAGGACGACCUGAAAUCGGCCACGUCUUACGACAACCGGCUAUGCACGGCGUACCUGAACUCGGGCCGUGGCGAGGAGUACCUCGGCCAGAUGGAGGAGGCGUGCCGCCGGCUGCCUGAAGGCGGCGCCGGCUACGUGUUCCCGUCGGGCGGCUUCCUGGGCAUGCUGCGCGGCUUACCUCAGCUCUAUGACAGAUGCGUACAGCUGGCCGAGGACUUCGCGCAGCGCGGCGUGCCAGGCGCGGCCAACAUGCUCUGGGUCGACCACUUCGUCAACGAGCGGUACGACGAGGCGCAGGGCAUCUUCGACAAGUUCCUCCGCGACCAGGACGUGGUGCUGUUCAGGGGCGUCAUCGAGAAGGCCUCGGAGACGGGCAACCUGGAGAUGACCAAGCGGCUGCACGAGAUGCUGAAGCCGACGCAGAUAUCCCGGGGUGCCAAGGCCGUCGUCGUGUCGGCAGUGGUCAACCUCUCACUGGACAAGGAGAAUGUUGGGGAGACAGUGGCGAUGCUGAAGGGGAGCGGCUUCCACGUGGAGGAGCUGAAGCGGACGGUGGCAGAGCGUCUGCGGCACGCGGCGGCCGACCACGGCCUCACGUUGCCGCCGCCGCCGCCGGACGCCGCACCCACGAGCCCCGGGCCCGAGCCGCCGGCCCCGGCCCCGGCCCCGGCGUCCUGAGCACCUGCCAGCGUAGCGUUAGCGUAAGAGUGCUAGAGACAGGGAACGCCAUUUGGCCGCGGCGGACACUGGGAUGAGCUCUGGGAACCAUUUCUCCACGUGUAGCUGGUGGAUGAUUAUGUACGCGACUGCAGCAUUGUUUCGGUCAUGUGGCAUUAGUGCAAGUGGUUUUGCACGUGUUGUACGCAACGCUCAAUGCUGUUUGCUGCGUUUUCUCGCUAGUCCUCUGGGUGCGCCAGCAGUGCUUCGCUAACUUUGUUGCGGUAAUUUUCGCUGGAUGUUGCCCGGUUGUCAUUUCCGCACGUGCUGUCUUCCGGUAAUGGUUCUCCGAGACAUGUCUUGACCUGGUCACCAGCACCGUUGUGCAGUUCUGUGUGGUAUGCCCAUUUCCAGUGUCCCUGUGUGCCCACUCUCAGGCGGUGUUGCUUGUGGGGCUGGUCGGUGCGUCUGGGCUGUGGAAAGGCAUGAAAGAGGAGGGGUCGAGUGCAAGCAUUGCCAUAGUCACCUUUGGUUGGGAGGGUCGGAUACACGUCAUGUUCAUCGCGGCAUCGUGGCUGGUUGCUGCUAGUAGAAUGAUUGUGAGAAAUAUAUAUUACGAAAGGAA